AUGUCUUUCCACUCUAACACUCAGCAAGAAUAUGAUCAAUCUCAUGUUCGGUGGAGAGAAGAUGAAAUUUUGAAUCGUGUCAAGAAGAAGAAGAAGAAGGAACGAACAAUGACGCCAACGUUGUUACUGAUCGUAUAUGUUUUCAUCAUGUUGUUAUUAUUUGAAAUCAUCAUGCGGCUACAAAAUUUUCGAGUGGUGAUGGCCAGUGAAAUUAGGGAGUCAUCGCCAUCAGCAUCACCACUUCGACUAGGGCAUGCUUUUAGAGUGAGUGACGACACCGUUGAACAAAUUUCAUCCCAUACAUCUUCUUCUUUGGCAACAUUGAAACCAUCAACAACAAGACAUAAUUCACAUCAACAACAACAACAAUCAAAUCUUUAUCAAAUCGUACGACAAGUGAGCGUCACAGAACUAACCAAUUCGAACAAUGGUGUCAUUGUGGGAGGAUUUAAUUAUUACUCGAUAUUUAUUUGGAAAAAGUUCUCACAAAUUCAAUCUCUGCAAGAUCUAGUGACAUUUGUACAAACUCACCCUCAAGAUUUUUGGAAAGUGUAUGGAGGAAAUCCCAUCUCGAAUUCAAAACGAAAAUUCAAAAUUUUAUGCCCUCAAUUGUAUCCCUGUCAGAAAAUAUGGACUCUCAUGACGGCCGGGUAUGACAAGAAAUUAAUUGACGAACUUUUUGUGGUCGAACCAAGAUCAAACUUGUAUCCUGAUUGUAUGGCUGGAUCCUCUUUAGAGAUUGGAGAUGCCUUAUUACUGACUAGUUACGACUUUGCUUUAUAUGUAAGAGUGAAUGCAGUCGUGACAAGGAAAAGUCUGUUUCAAGAAGUGAGUGCUGUUGAGGAUGAAAAUGCCGUCAUGUAUCAUCCGGGAGAUUUUACACCGAUUCCACUCUUUCCAAGUGAGGUUCUAAUUUACGUGUCUCUUCCAAUGACACAGCCCAACAGCAAACCAUUUAUUGAUUUUGUGACUGCACGAACCGAUUUUUCGCAAUUCACUUCUUGUAAUUCGAGUCGAAUUCACGACAUGUACAUUUUGGAUCGAGUGCAUGGCGUGUUAAAUUUCACAGAGAGCGACAUUCGCCUCAUUGAGCAACUACAAGGAGGAAUCAAAUUAACCAUUGAUCAAUCUCUUCUUUCCAGCUUGGUUUCUACUCAGUAUGCACAAUUUCUUCAACCUCUCUCCAUCCAAAAUGCUACCAACUUACUUUGGAAUUCCACUUGUCAUUUUUGUGGAACUCGUCUAUGUCUUGCAGAGAAUAUUGACAAUGGAGACAUUAUGUUGUUUGCGUAUGCCAUUCCUUGCCUGAUUUUUUACUUUGUUUUUUUUGCAUUUGGCAUGUACAAGAAACCUGCAUUACGCAAACGAUUACUCGUUCCAUACCUUACUCCUUUUUGCAUUUUUGCUACCGAAGUAUUAUGGACGUCACUGUGUAAGAAUUCAUGUCGCUCCAUUCUGGUUCCAGUUUCCAUUCUCUUUUCAGGAUAUGGCAUUUCAGUUUAUGUGUUGGUGGCUUUUCGGUUUUUAUUCAUUAAGAAUUUGUACAAGUUGAUUAAGAACGCUCAAGGAAGAAAACUCACCUUUUUCAAGUGGCUUGCCUCAGAGAAAGUAGGAUGGACUCUCAUCACAAUCAUUCCUCUCUUUUUCAUGAUACUGUUUAUACUUCCUUCCAUGUUUGCUGCCAUUUUUGAUUUGAACAAUCUUGUAUUCAUUAAUAAUGUCUUCUUUUCAAUUUUAACUGGUUUCGGAUGUGGUUUGGGAGUGUUGUACAGUUUCAUUGAUUUAUUUGCCAAUAGAAAGCUCAUCAAAGAGAAAGGUAUUGGAAGGUAUUUAUUCUUUGACGAUCCAUUUCACAUUCGAAUCGAUAUGCUUGCGUUCAUGUUACAGGUUUUUCUGGCCAUUCUUUUCCUUGUCAUAACACCAGCCAAUCAAACACAAGUGGGCAGCAACAUUAUUCGAAUGCUCAUUGCUAUUUGGCUACUAUUCACAUCGGGUGGAUUUGCCAUGAUGAUUGAAAUUUAUAACAUGAUUCGAGCGAGACACAAUUCCAAGAAAACUCGUUCCAGUAUUGAACAAGAACAAGGAGUUUUUGAAUAUUUACUCACCACCAAUGUAGAAUUUGCUCUUCUUUUUAAAGAAUACAGUAAGGCUGAGAGUUCGAUUGAAAAUUAUUACCUCUUUGAGCGAUUGAUGGAAAUUAAGAAAUCAGGACGAGCCACACUCACACAAUUUCAAGACAUUGAACAAAAAUUCAUUCGUCAAUAUUCCCUGUAUGAAAUCAAUAUGCAACACAGAAACAGAUUACGAUUUUACGAAUUAUUGCAUGCGAUCGAAAACAACAAGACAAACCAGCAAGAAUUCAAAGUUCGAGGAGAAAAUGUCGAUCCAAAUGUCGAAAAUAUUUGGCAAAUUUUAAUGACCGAAACUAUUUACAACAUGUGGGAUACGUACUCUCGUUUACAAAUAUUGCAACAAUAUCGAAAUUGGGCUCUCGUGUAUGAGAUUCAUGCGAAACAAGCAUUGGACUCUACAGCUUCAGAAAGCUUGAACAAGGUGUGA